UGCGCACCCGCAACGGAGGAGACGCCGAGCGACACGAACAUAUAAAAUAAUCCACGCUGAGCUCUCUAUCUGCCACCAUGUCAGCCGGAGGAGAUUUGGGGAACCCCCUGAGGAAAUUUAAACUCGUGUUUUUGGGGGAGCAGAGCGUGGGGAAAACAUCUCUCAUCACUAGAUUCAUGUAUGACAGUUUCGACAACACGUAUCAGGCGACCAUUGGGAUUGACUUCCUAUCAAAGACGAUGUACCUGGAAGACCGAACAGUAAGGCUCCAGCUGUGGGAUACAGCUGGACAGGAACGUUUCAGGAGCCUCAUCCCGAGCUACAUACGAGACUCUACAGUAGCAGUGGUCGUCUAUGACAUUACAAAUGUGAACUCAUUCCAGCAGACCUGCAAAUGGAUUGAUGAUGUCAGGACAGAGAGAGGAAGUGAUGUCAUCAUCAUGCUAGUCGGCAACAAAACAGAUCUGGAAGAGAAGAGGCAAAUCACGAUCGAGGAGGGAGAGCAGAGAGCCAAAGAGCUGAACGUCAUGUUCAUCGAGACCAGUGCCAAAACAGGCUGCAAUGUCAAACAGCUGUUUCGUCGAGUUGCAGCAGCCCUACCUGGAAUGGAAAGCUUGGACGACGCAAAUCCUGAAGGCAUGAUCGACAUCAAGCUGGACAAACCGGCAGAGCCUGCUGUCCCUGAGGGCGGGUGCUCAUGUUAAUACAGAGCUGCUAUUGGACAGCUCCCUUCACACCAUAGGCUUGUUGUGUUGCUUACUACUGGUUAGCUUCCAGUUGACUUCUCUAAUUGGAUAUAGGAUCCGGGCCUUGUAUCUGAUUGGACAAAUCAAAUGUUAUCUCUCAGUCUUGUUCAGUUGUAAAAUAUUGUAUACUUUGUCAAUAUGUAAGUGACUGGCGGAGAAAAGGGAAGAAAAAAAAUUGAAAUGAAAAUGAACAAAAAACAGUUUUGGAAAAAUGAAAAAGGGAUAAAAACGGGAUAACCAACGGAAUUCUUUUCGCUGUUCUGUUUUGUAUUUUUUAUAUAUAAAAAGGGAAAGCACCAAAAAUGAUGCCUAAACAAAGAAGAAGAAAUAGUGGGGUGGCCGAACACGUCUGAAUGUCUGCAGCACGCAUGCACGCUGAUCUGAUCUUUGACCUUUGACCUUUGGCCUGCCCUCCAGGGUCUCUG